UUGGCAGAAAGUGGCAGUAGUUCGGAUUGGGUUAGUUCGCAGUUGAGUGGCUGAGUUUACUGAGCCAACGUCAUCUGGCGCUUUCUCAAACCUUCCUCCAAUGCCUCAUCCACCACUCUUUAUCGUGGUGUUCUGAACCAACACAGCGCAUAUCCGCUCCUGAUACCGUCUCUCCAUUAUUAUAUCUUGGUUUACUCAAGAUGGGCGCGCUUCUGUCGCUGCCCUUGAUGGCAGUGCCUAGCGUUGGCACUUUAAUAACAUUCUGCGCCUCGUGUUGCGGAGCAGCUACCUGCUCAGCGAUAUGCAGUGCCUGUGGGAAGUUCCAGAGCAGCAUGGCCACGAGAAUCGCCUAUGCCGUCAUACUCUUGUUUAAUUCGAUAUUAUCCUGGAUAAUGUUGACACGAUGGGCGCUAAGCAAACUGGAACAUCUCACAUUCGACUUUUUACCGAUCAGUUGCGAAGGAGAAAAGUGCUAUGGAUGGGUAGCGGUACAUCGAAUCAACUUCGCACUUGGGCUGUUUCAUAUCAUUCUGGCACUUCUCUUGCUCGGAGUCCGUUCUUCGAAGGACGGUAGGGCUGGCCUUCAAAAUGGCUUCUGGGGCCCGAAAAUUAUCGUGUGGUUACUUUUGGUGGCCAUGUCGUUUUUCAUCCCCGAGGGGUUCUUUUUCGUUUGGGGAAGCUACAUAUCCUUUAUCGGUGCAAUUUUGUUCCUGCUACUAGGUCUUAUCCUUCUCGUCGAUCUAGCCCAUACCUGGGCCGAGAUCUGCCUGCAAAAGAUCGAAGAGCUCGACUCUCAAAUGUGGCGUGUCUUAUUGAUCGGUUCGACACUGGGCAUGUAUCUUGCGUCCAUUGCCAUGACUGUGGUCAUGUACAUAUUCUUCGCUCACUCCGGAUGUGCCAUGAACCAAGCUGCCAUCACAAUCAAUCUUAUCGUCUUCCUGAUUAUCUCCGUGGUCUCGGUUCAGCCUGCAGUUCAGGCUUCCAACCCUCGAGCAGGAUUGGCACAGGCUGCAAUGGUUACAGUUUAUUGCACGUAUUUGAUGUUGUCUGCCGUGUCAAUGGAACCUGACGACCGCCAGUGCAACCCCCUGGUCCGCGCUCGCGGCACCCGAACAGCUUCUAUCGUGAUCGGUGCCAUAGUUACAAUGUUGACCAUUGCAUACACUACUACUCGCGCUGCUACGCAAGGUAUCGCUCUAGGUUCGAACGGGGCACAUAACUACUCACGCCUGGGUCAAGAUGAGAUGGAACAUGGGCUUGUAACUCAACAACCUGGGCUGAGCCGCAGAGAAAUGCGUGCGGAGGCUCUCCGCGCUGCUGUUGAGAGCGGGAGCUUGCCAGCAAGUGCUCUCGACGAAAGUGAUGAUGAGUCAGACGACGACCGGUCAAACAGGGACGAUGAACGUCACUCCACGCAGUAUAACUAUACCCUGUUCCACGUUAUCUUUUUCCUAGCAACCACGUGGGUCUCAACCUUGCUCACGCAAAAUUUGGAUCCGGAGGCGAAGGACAAUUUGGCUCCUGUCGGUAGGACAUAUUGGGCUACUUGGGUGAAGAUCAUCAGUGCUAUGGUGUGCUACGCGAUUUACCUAUGGACUUUGAUUGCUCCGGUUUUGCUACCUGAUCGAUUCGACACUACGUAAAAAGCACGAAAUACCACGGUUGGCGACACAUUCUUCUCUAAUUCUUGUUGGCGUUCGUUGCAUUUGGGCCUGUUUUUUUAAAUUUGGAAUAGUACCCUUUAACCUAGUUAGUUUGCGCUCAAGAAACCGUAGAUACACCACUCUUUAUUAGUCUUUAGUCAAAUGCAUUAUCUUUACAGGUGGACCUAUAUCCGUCCACUCAUCAAUCUGCGUCGCUACAUCCGAAAGGCGGUUUUUGGGCAGAAACGGCGGAUGACGUCAGCAUCGCUGGGUCGUGUUCGGCCACUGAUUUACGCGCCCACCAA